AUGUCAUUAAUCAAUGAUUUUUUUUCAGGGACUUAUUUCUCUAUCUUUGUCUCCUUCAAUUUCCUUCCUGGGCAACAAAGAUUUUCCUACUAUAUUUCUCUGCCUCUCUUUCUACCUGUCUGUUCAUCCUCUUUUACCCUUUUUAGUGUCUUUGCUCCCCUUCUUUUAGUUUCUCUGCCUCUUGUUCUACCUGUCUGUUCAUCCUCUUUUACCCUUUUUAGUGUCUUUGCUCCCCUUCUUUUAGUUUCUCUGCCUCUCUUUCUACCUUUUCUCUGCCUCUCUUUCUACCUGUCUGUUCAUUCCCUUUUACCCUUUUUAGUGUAUCUGCCACCAUUAUUUUUUAGUUUCUCUGCCUCCCCUUCUAUGUCUUUUCAUCUAUUCUUACACUUUUUAAUUCUGCCUUUCCUUCUCUUUGUGUCUCUGCCACCCCCUCUUUACUCCUGUUGUGUCUCUUCACCCGUUUUACGCAUUUUCAUGACUCUACACCAUUUUUUCUUUUCUCUUUUUUUAUUUCUCAUUUUUGUAUUUUUCGUCCUCUCUCCUUUUUAUUCAUCUUCCUAUCUCUUUGCUAUAUCCCCUCAGGACUCCGUAUUCAAAACACGACUUGCCUUUCUUCAUUGCAACGUUUAUUUCUCUGUCACUGUCUUUGAUGAUCAUACCUCGUCACUUGGCGCAGACAAGAGCUGA